AUCCCUGGUCGCAGAUAAUAUGUGGGUGUUUCUUAUCGCCCGCCGCUCGCCCGUGGAAGUCUGAAGCCCGAACAGCUGCUCAGCGGAGCGCAGGGGCCGCCUGAACAAAAGCGAAAACAAAAAGCCAGCCCGCAUCGAGAUAUAUAGGCGAAAUCGGCAAUCAACGAACAAUGAACCAGCGACUCUAGAAGAGCAGAGUACAGAAAGUUGGACUCCCGAGACAGAGCAACAGGUGACCCACAAUGGCCGAGUUACAGGAGCUGAAUCAGUGCCAACUACUGGACUUGCUGUCCACGGAUCAGCGGCAGACUUUUGAGGCCUUUAUACAGUGGCUUCAUGGCAAGGCCAAGGGUCCCGUGCAAACCCAUCAGACUGCCCUGCAAGCCAUUCUCCAGACCUCACCCUAUCCCGCCCUGCAGCUGCUGCAACUCCUGCAGGUCCACUCCAAGCUGCACAUUGGACAAAUCAUAGCCGCCGUACUGCAACAGCUUCUAGCCGAGGGCGAUGUCUCAUCGUCGAGCUCCCUUUGUUUGCUGGCCAACUUUCCCGACAACAUUUUGGAGGCGGCCACGCUUCGCCAGAAGCUAAUGACGCGCCUGGCCAGUGAGUCAGCCAGCAAAGAGCAUAUAUUGCUGGCUCUAAUGGCCCGUGGCGAGGGCCAUUUGCUGGAGGAUGUGCUCCACGAAAAGCAGCUAACCAUGCGGAGGCAAUGCAGUAAGGCGACGCCACCCACCCGAGAGUUUGUGCUGUGGCUAGCCCUUGGCCACCAGGAGCACUUUGUGGCCACCAUGUGCCAGCAGUUAAAGGAUUUUGAGUGCUUCCAGGAUCGCACGCUAAGGAAUACCUUGCUUAUCCUGCGCCUAGCCAAUGAGUUUUCUUUGGGUACCCAGACCCUAGAUGAGCUGGGAUGCCUUGACAAGUGUCUGAAGGAGUUUGACCCGAGUGCAGUGCCCGAGGAGCUGCAAGAAGUGCACAAGUUCUUCUACGCCGACUUCCAGCGCCUGUCUACUAUGCUCGAUUUUCUGCAACCGCGGGAGGCGAGCAAAACCCUCAAAGUGGAGGCCCUGCUAAGGGCGCCGGGCGUGCUCACUCUGAUCCAUGACUACGGCAUACGGUGCGAGCACCAGGAGCUGCUCAGCCUGCUGACGGACACUUAUAAAUGGCAGCUUCAGACUCCUUCGCUGAGGUGUCUCCAUCAGCAGGAGACGGAGAUCCUCAGCUACUACACCGCGCUCUGUCAUGUCUAUGAAAUGAUUCUGGAUCAGGGCGAGCAGUCGACCAAGGCCAGGUUGAUGCAGCUUUCCGGACAGAUGAGGCAGCUACACCAGCUGGGCACAUUGUGCUCCCUUCUAGAGGACAUAUUCCUUUUGGUCUUUCUGCGCUGGGAGCAGUUGGAGCAGAACCCUCAGAAGAGGAGAGAAGAUCAACACGAUGACGAGGAAGAGGAUGAUGACGAACAGUAUGUGGAUGAUGAUGUCACGAAACCACAGCGACCAGCCGCCAGUCACAGUCAGCGGACGCGUUAUGGCUUCAUUUGCCGCUCGCCAUCGCUGCAGGCCCUCUUCACCUUCCUCCGAGCUUUUGUCACCAAAAAGCUGCACUCCCAAGAUUACAAGUGUGCCGCCCAGCAUCACCAGAGAUUCCAGCGCCUCGUGGAUGCCAUUAGUGAGGCUUUGUGCAAAUUGGGAGUCCUCAACAAGAUCGAUCAGUCUUUGGUGACUUCGGCACCUUCGCUCGGCUGCCUCCUGGAACCGGAACAGCUGCUGCAGUUGGUGCAACUGCACAGCACGGCCAAGGAGAAGGCCUCCAGCGAUGACGAGAGCCGCGAACGCAGCAACCAUGCCUCCAGCCUGAGCAGGAGGAAGGCCCGUAAGCAACGAAGGGCGGUUAGUUUCAGUGGGGCAGCCGUUUCAAAGACACCCGCAGACGGAGGACUCACCAUGGAGCAGUACCGUGCCCGGGCGCAGUUACUCUCUGGCCAGGGCAGAAAAAACUCCUGUGUUACCUAUCCCGGCGAGCGUUCCAUUAUUCCCAAGAUGCUCAGCACGCCAGAGCAACUGGCUAUCAUGGCGCUGGCUCUUAAGAAUUUCAAUGAUGUCAAGCAGAUCAUCGAGACCUUUCACCUUGAACAGAGCCAGCUUAGUCGGGAGCUUCAGUUCAUGGAGCAGCAGCAGCUGGUCAAGCAAAAGCUGGCCUCUAUUUAUGCCAACUAUCAGGAUUUAGAGGCGCGACACCCAAACUCGGAAGAGACCACCGUGGAACAGAUCAAGGGCGUGGCAGCCAAGGGCUUUGAGCUGUCCAAGAUCAUCAGCGUGGUUGACAACUUUGCCCAGGCUCAACGCCUGCAGCAGAAUCCCGAGCUAAAGGCGCUCAUCCUGCGGCAUCAGUCGGGUUUCCUUCAACAAUUCGAAGAGCGCAACUUAAACGCUUUGAUUAUUUGCGAUCUUAUUGUCAACCUAGGCUUCAACCGGGAGAUUACCAGCAAUCUUCUCUUAGUUAUCCGUCGUCAGCAGCAGCUCAAGGUAACUGGCGACGAGGCCAUCUCCAGCUCCAACUCCACAGAGAUUGGAGCCAUGAAUCUCCUACAAAACCUGUGCGAGUGCAUGCGUCUCUUGGAACGAUCUGGCCAGCAGCCUGCUCUGAAUGAGCUGCUCUCCCGGCACAGCUAUCCUCUUAGGCCUUCGGUUUUGGCCAUGCAGCUUCAGCGGGAGGCUGCUUUUCAAACUGUAUACAACCGGGAGCCUGGAGAGUACUCCCAUGGUCAGGAGCUAAGGGGUAAUGCCGGACACUUUCAGCAGUUUCGAUCGCGUUGGAACUACUAUGCCCGCUUCUGCAGCUAUGUCCAGCAGUUAGCACGCCUCCUGCAGCUCAGAGAUCCCCAUCUGGAGUAUCACAACACGCAGCUCCUCAGAAACGAUCCCUACGAAGUCAUAGGAGAGCUGAUCUAUGAGUGUGGAAUCACCCCGCUAGAGAUUGAGUCGAGUGUUACCGCACUUCACCUGAAUCUCGUCCAUGUGAUUGCCUUGAAUAUAUGUCCCCAGUUGGGUGAAGAAGGCAUGACUCUUACUAGGAAAACACCUCGGGUAGUGUCGCCACAAAAGCAGGAAUCCAUCCACAACUACAUAGCCCAGCACAACCAGCUGCUGGCCCAGAUCCUGCAGGCAGUGCAAAUGGGCAGUCUGCCGGAGAGCCAGGUAGGCUUGGACUUCUCCUGUCUGGGGCAUGUGAUGCUGCUGCCGGAGGUGGAGUGCCUGGCCAGCAUAUACGAAGAUAAUCGAGUGCUGGCCGCCUUGAAUACCUACAAGUUGGACAGUGCUAGCCUGGAGAAGGUAGUGCCUGAUAGGGAGCUGCUGCUGCAGAUCCUGCUGCUGGGCAUGGGUAAUCAAUCAGAAUCUCAAGAGCAACUCAAGACCAGAAUCAACCGCCUGAUUGCUGACCUCAUCAAGCAGGAUCCUCGCCACAUCCAGCUGGUGGUGCACAUGACUGACCUUGGCUUGCGUGCCAGCCUGCUGAAGGAGCACUUUACCCGCAUCUCCAGCAGCCAGCUGGCCAAGGAGCUCAUCGAAAGGACAGUGCAGCAUCACAGGGCCGCCAAGGAGAUCCCGCCUCUGCUGCGCUCCCAGCUGGAGCACACUCUCUCGGACAUAAACAUCUACGCCAAAGUCUCGGCUCUGCUCCAGUUCGAGAGCUGGCCGCAGGCCUAUGACUUUGGCCGCCAUACGCCCAACGUGAUCUUUGAGCAGUUGCUCCAACGGCGUCGCUUUGGCUUGUGCCUCGAGUGGAGCCGCGUGGUCUACCUGGCCGGGUCGGCGGGCCAGCAACGGGUGUGCCUUCUCACCCUGCUAGAUGCUCUCUUGGAACUCAGGGAUGGCGAGGAAGUGGACGAGAACCUGCUGGGCAUUGUGGAGAUGUUUCCACCCAGCUGCCUGGUGAACUUUCUCGACACGCACAAGGACAAGUUGAGGUCGCUGCCGCUGCUGCAGUGGGUAAUUGAUUACCUGGAGGGUCAUGCCCGUGAUCCAAGGCUGUACAGGAACUAUCAGCUCUCGUUGGAGCUGCUCCGGCAAAUGGCAGCUCCGGAGCGAUUGCAGUUUUGGAAGCUACUCCGUCAUCCUCUGCUGAUUGUGGAGCAGCUGGUCAUGAAUGCCCGCUUCGAGCUUCUGGGCAAGCUCCUGGAGGCAGCUCGCAGGAAGUUGCUGAAGGAGAAACCUCUGGGUCCUUGUCCCUACUGCUUCGAGAAGCGCGGUCAUGUCUACGACAUUCAGGCCACUUCAUCGCCUGGAGCAGGCGGAGGAUCUGCGUCUAAAGUGCGCUUCCAACUGGGACAGACCACUUCGGAAGCCUUCAUCCUGCUGAACUUCAACUCCUACCAGCAGGAUCACUUCGUGGGCCAGGAGUGCUUGGAUCUGCUUUUACGGAUUUACGCCAGCAAGGCCUUGGACUACCAUGUGGCCAAUCUGAGGGCCGACUCCGAGCCCAGUUCCCUGGGCACGGAUGUCCAGAACUCGCUGGAUUCCCUUUGCGGCGCCUUCGUAAUGCCCAAGCAGGCUCCCAACCGCCAGCAAUGGACACGGGACGAGGAGGCCACUCACUGCAUGUGCUGUCGCCGGGCUGCCUUUACCAUGCUGAUGCGUCGCCAUCACUGCCGUCGCUGCGGACGGGUGGUGUGCUAUGCCUGCUCCACCCAUCGCAUGCGCAUCCCAGAGCUGUACGACGAACUGGAGGUGAGGAUUUGUAAUGAUUGCGCCAGCAGCUCGGCUCCGAAAGACCAGGGAGAUGGUGUCUCCAGCGACAGAAGCACUGUCUCCGGAUCGGGCUCCUCUACGAAUGGCGGCGAAGUCUGCAAGUGGCGUCUCAGCGGGAUCAUCACCCAUGACAAACUCCUGCGCGAGGAGUUCAGCUACGAGCACGCUCCCAGUGUGGCCCUCAGCUUGUCUAUACUCCGGCAUCACGUAGAGCAGAGGAGCUGCGUGGAGCUGUUGCUCUUUCACUGCCGCAAGCUGGAGAAGCUCAUCAUGCCGAAUCCGGAGGUGGACUAUGGCCUGGUGGCCAAAAUGAUCAACUGCCUGGCCUUUGCCGCAAAGGUUCGCGGUGCUCCUGGCGAGUUUGAAAACAUUCGCGAGCACUCGGAGAUCGUCAUGGCUGUGGUCCAGCAGGGCUGUGAGUCACUGAUACCAGCCGGACCCCUGAACAACCACAAUCUGCGCAAGCUGGCCGAUGCCUUGGUGGAGGCUGAGCACUGGACUUUGGCUUUGGAGGUGCAUCUCAAGUUUGGCUUCGCCACCACUGGGGUGAUGGCUGCCCAUGGCCUGGCCUGCCUGCGAGCUGGUUGCUACGAGGCAGCCCGCGAGAAGUUUGCCCACUGCAUGACGCGGCUCUCCAACGAGCAGAUGAACAGCAGCAUCUACAAGUCCAUUUUUGGAGGCACUACCUCGGCCACCGAGAGCUGCCCCACCCUGCCAAAGAAGCGACCACAAAGGGGUCCUGCUUUGCUUCAGGAAAUUCUCCUGCUGAUUGCCUCAAUGCCACAGGCACAGCCCCAGCCGGAGACCCUGCACCGGGCCUCGCUCAUCCGCAGCUCGAAUUCCUCUCUAGCCUCACUGUUUUCGCGACGCCGCGAACCCUAUGUCCAGCAGCGACCGCUCCAGGAGCCGGCUCUAAAUGUGAUGAACGCUUUGGCCGGCAUCAGGAAUAUAGCCAAGGGAAAUUACGGCGGACAGAUACCACCCAGCGAGGAGGGACGUCGCCAGGAGCGAGGUUUCGAGGAGUCCCUGCACUAUGUCCUCACCUACGGCAGCCACGGCGACAUCCUGACCUUCCUGAUGCGGCGCGAGGAGCUGCGCGCAGCCCUGCGCUAUUGGCAGCUCCAGCAGCUGGACGCGGAUCUCUUCAUUCAGCACAUCUUUCAGCCACAGCUGCAAGGCGGCAGCUUGCCACUUCUAGUAGACGAACUGCAGCAGCUGGAUGAUCCGCAGCUCAGCUCGUGGCGUCUGCCGCUGUUGCAGACCUGCCGCCACCUAGAGCAGCAGCAGCAACUCAACUCCCUCUACCAGCUCCAGCUUCUGCUCAAGGAUCCCAUCAGGGCCAGCAUGACGUGCGUGAAGUUCUACGCUUUGAACUGCGAGAACUUCCAGAAGAUGCAGGCCAAUGCCCAGCACUUGGUCUCGGCACACAUGCACCUACAGGGGGAGCUGGAUCUAGCCGAGUGGGAGCACCUGCAGCGACAGCAACAGCAGCAGCAGGGAAGGCGUGGCAGUGGAGCAAGUGCAGCCAGCGUGAGAGGUGCCUGCUUUGCCAUGCAAAUGGAUGCGAGGGCUUUGAAUGGACACAUCAACACCAUAAGGCGGCAGCUGGAGGUGGCCAAGUUUCUGGCGAAAUGCGAGAGGGAACAGUCGCCGGAUGAGCCGCUAAGAACCAUCCAAACGCUGAAGCAGAUCCGUCUAGAGUCCAAUCGAGGCACCCUGCCCACGCUGUUUGAAGGUCCCGCAGAUCGCAUCCAACUGUCCAUUCUGGUUCUGCUUUGCGGCAAAAACAUAGACGAGGGAUUUGGACUGGCCUACGGUAUAAUCCAGGACUACAAGUUGGCCACCAUCAAGGUGUUUGGUGCCACUGCCAAAUACCUGGCCCGUAAUCAGCGUCUGGCUGAGGUGGAACGCCUCCUAGACUGUAUUGGCAGCAACAAUGGCGGCGGUAUCUCUGCGGAGUCCGAUGAGAUCCUCUCCAUUGCCAUCAAUUCCGCCGUGCACAGCAAUGCCCCCGAGACGAAGCACACGCUGGACCGGCUUAUCAAUCGCAUCGGCAGUGUGGAGCUUCGCAUUUCCUCCUACAUUUACAUCGGACAGCUCAAGUCCGCCUAUCUUUUAGCCAACAAGCACGAGCGCCUGAUGGACAUCCGGAGAAUCCUGCGGCAGGCGGAACUCACCGGCCAGGUGCACAUCAAGAAGCUGUGCGAGAUGAAGCUCCAGCUCAGUGGCACCGCCCACGCCUCUGUGAUAACGUAACCCCUCGGGCAAUACCCACUUACAAUUAGUUUUAAAAAUCAGAGGUAGCCACAGGCUGUGAUAGGGCGAUUAAUAGAUAUCUCUCAAGAAGCCUGUCCAAGCUCAAUCAAAUUGAGAUGAAACUAGGUUGCUUUAUCAAAGCCUUCGAUUGGAACGCCUCCUAUAUACUCUCUGUCUGGGCUAGAAUAGGAAAUCUUUUUUAACUUAGAAUUUAACAAUUAGAUACAAUUUUAAUCUUUCCAAAGGGCCAGCUAGUAUUCCACCCCUCGAGCUCAAAGACUCUCCCCACUAACCAAAUUAUAUUAUAUUGAUUGUAUUUGUAUUAUCUCAAUGUUGCCGAUUUUUAUAUCAAAUUAUACCUGUUAUAUGUUUAUUUACACGAA